AUGCCCCCCACAAAUCUCGCAAUGGCAUCUCUCCAAGUCCAUGCAGAUGACAUGCUGGCUGCCACCUCCGAUAUCGCUCCACCUCUCCACGUUUCAACUACCUUCCGUUACCCAUCCAACCCUCAGGAUCUCCAAACAGAAACCGAUCUUUUCAGUGCACUGGAAUCUGGUGAGCUUUCUCACACAAGUGUUCCACAUACUUACUCCCGGUACGCACAACCCGUCUCCACAAGAGUUGAAGCCGUGCUCUCCCAAAUUACAGGCGGCCAUGCCAUAGUAUAUUCCUCGGGGGCAUCGGCAUUCCACGCUGCAAUGAUCCAUUAUAACCCUCGUAAUGUGUUUAUAGGUAAUGGGUACCAGGGUGGCCAUGACAUUUUGCAUAUUCUGCAGCGCAACUAUGGAGUCAAGGUCCACCCACUCGAUUCAACUCCAGAGCUGUUGCAACCAGGCGACGUGAUUCAUCUUGAAACUCCAGUAAAUCCUACGGGACAUGCACUGGACAUCGCUCACUAUGCCAAAAUAGCACACGAUAGAAAUGCGUUUCUGCUCGUGGACUCUACACUAGCCCCUCCACCACUCCAGGACCCGUUUAAAUGGGGGGCUGAUCUUGUUAUACACUCAGCCACAAAGUACUUUGGUGGUCACUCAGACUUGCUUGCUGGUGUAUUAGUCACCAAAAACUCUAAAUUCGAGACAGCGCUCAAGGCUGAUCGUAACUACAUUGGAACUAUCACUGCUUCGCUUGAGUCUUGGCUUUUACUACGUUCUCUCCGCACAUAUUCUUAUCGCAUCAAGAUCCAAGCAGACAGCGCCAACGCCAUUGUUGAGUACUUUUACAAAAACCAAGCCAAUUUCCCCGUAAUUAAGAAGAUUUAUCAUGCGUCGGUACAAAUUUUGGAGGAACCUGAAAAGGAUGUUUUUAUACAAAAACAGUUGCCUCUUGGUGGUGGACCUAUAUUUUCCAUUGAUGUUGCCAAUGAAGAAAUUGCAAAAACAUUGCCGUCAAAGGUUACUCUUUUCCACCACGCUACAUCGUUAGGUGGAGUUGAGUCGCUCAUAGAGUGGCGAGCCAUGUCUGAUCGUAACGUCCAACGAACUCUGCUUCGGUUUUCGAUUGGGGUUGAAGAUACGCAGGAUCUUAUUGAUGAUUUAGUUCAAGCAUUUAGACAGUACUCCUAA